AUGGUCAUUCUUUCUUUCUUUCUUUUUUUAUCUCCCCCCCCCCACCUCUUGAAUUCAUCUAGUUUUUUAAUAAACAAAUUUGUUUCCAAAGAUGGAAAGAAUGUUGAUUACACAAAACUGAAAACCAGUGGAGAAUUUGACAAAUUAAAACUGGAAGUCUCCAAACUACCUUACAUCAUCUUGUCUGAAUUGUCCACAGAACAACAAAAAGCUUUCUUUAUUAAUGUGUUCAACAUUCUCACAAUCCAUGCAGUUGCCAGCCAGCCAAAACUUCCACACUCUAUACAGUUUGUAAUAAAGAAACUUGAUCCAAGAAUCCAUUUUACUUUAGUCUGGGGCUGUAAGUCAAGUCCUGCCCUUAAUGUGUACCACAGUGCCAACUUAGAUACUUCAUUGGCGCAAGCUGCUCAGAAGUUUUGUGAAAAAGAAGUGUGUAUGUACACAGAGGUUAAUGAAAUCUGGCUACCAGGUUUUUUCAAAUGGUACCUCAAAGACUUUGGUAAACAGGACAUUGAUGUUAUCAAGUCAACCUUACCUUACCUUUCUAAGGAAAAGCAAGAAAGAGCCCAUUUCCUGCUUAUUACUUUGGAUAAAGUAGGAAAUGUUGCUAUCAAGUAUGCGCCUUAUGAAUGGUUGCUGAAUGCCUGCAAUCUGUGA